AUGCCGAACCACCUUAAGAAUAUGAUGGAUCAGAACGCGCAUCCUGGACCGUCAUCUCCAGUCGGUAAUUUGAUCAUGAGUAUCUCAAGGAUCGCUUACCCGCUGCUCACCAACGUCAAUGGAGUCCUCAAGGCCGUUCGUAUGCAGAGUACGAUCGCGCACACCAUCAAAGUGGCGGAGCACAUAAAGGAGACUCGUGCCAAAGCUCUACUCGGUGGGGGCCAAAAGAGGAUAGACACCCAACAUGCUCGAGGUAAGUUGAGUGCACGUGAGCGGAUCGAUUUACUUCUGGAUAAGGGUACAUUCCGUGAAUACGACAUGUUUGCUGAACAUACCUGUACCGAUUUCGACAUGCAGAAGCAGAGGUAUCCUGGAGAUUCUGUGGUCACCGGUCGCGGCCAUAUCAACGGUCGUAAUGUGUACGUGUUUUCGCAAGAUUUCACAGUUUUUGGAGGUUCUUUGUCGUCAAUCCAUGCGAAGAAGAUUUGCAAGAUCAUGAGGGAAGCUAUGCUUGUUGGAGCACCCGUCAUUGGCCUCAACGACUCAGGAGGUGCACGUAUCCAGGAAGGAGUCGAAUCUCUUGCCGGUUAUGCUGACAUUUUCCAGGCAAAUGUGAUGGCAUCUGGCGUUAUACCCCAGAUCUCCCUUAUUAUGGGACCAUGUGCUGGAGGUGCCGUAUACUCUCCGGCUAUCACUGAUUUCACAUUUAUGGUUCGUGACACAAGCUACCUCUUCAUUACUGGACCUGACGUUGUAAAGGCUGUUACUAACGAAGAAGUUACUCAAGAAGAACUUGGUGGAGCAAAGACUCAUACUGUUACAUCUGGUGUGGCUGUCGGUGCUUUCGAAAAUGAUGUGGAUGCUCUGAUGAGCAUGCGUGAACUGAUGAACUACUUGCCACUCUCAAACAAGGAUCCCUCACCGAUUCGCGCUUGUGAUGAUCCAUGGGAUCGUGAUGUCCCAUCGCUUGACACUGUGGUUCCAUUGGAGAGUACCGCUGCAUACAAUAUGAAAGACGUGGUCACUGCUUUGGUUGAUGAAGGGGAUUUCUUUGAAAUCAUGCCGGAUUACGCAAAAAAUAUAGUUGUUGGAUUUGGUCGCAUGAAUGGUCGCACUGUCGGAGUCGUUGGAAAUAACCCGAAGUUUGCUGCCGGUUGUCUUGAUAUCAAUUCGUCCGUAAAGGGAGCCCGCUUCGUUCGGUUCUGUGAUGCGUUCAACAUCCCACUCGUCACGCUUGUUGAUGUGCCUGGAUUCCUUCCCGGUACCGCUCAGGAGUAUGGUGGUAUUAUUCGUCAUGGAGCCAAGCUUCUAUAUGCCUACGCUGAAGCAACUGUGCCCAAAAUCACAGUUAUCACCAGAAAGGCAUUCGGUGGAGCCUACGAUGUAAUGUCGUCCAAACAUCUCCGAGGAGACGUCAACUACGCCUGGCCCACCGCAGAGGUCGCUGUUAUGGGAGCGAAGGGCGCCGUUUCUAUCCUAUUCCGUGGAUCAAAGGAGGUAGCUAAGCAUGAGGAAGAGUACAUUGACCUAUUUAGCAACCCGUUCCCAGCUGCUGUUCGUGGCUUCGUCGACGACAUCAUCGAACCCCAUACGACUCGUCGCAGAAUCUGCGAGGAUCUCAGCCUACUCGAGACGAAGAAGCUAACGAACCCGUGGAGGAAACAUGGAAAUAUCCCUCUUUAA